UUGGACACUCUAAAUUGCCCCUCUGUGUGAUUGUGAGUGUGACUAUUGUCUGUCUCCAUGUCCCCUGGAAUUGGCUGGCAACCAGUUCAAGGUGAACCCUGCCUCCUGCCCAAUGACAGCUGGGAUAGGCUCCAGCACUCCCCCGACCCUUGUGAGGCUAAGCGGUUAAGAAAAUAGAGUGGGUGUCAAAAGGUCUGACUAAUUUAAAAAAAAAAAAAAUUUUUUUUUGACUGUUAUAAAACGUCCUGCUUCCCACUCCGAGUCGAAAGAUAGCAAUAAUGCACUGUUUGCUCACUGCCAAAGUUAAAAAAAAAUAGAAGGGAGUGAGCCGGCAGUGACGAAACAAAUGGGAACAGAGCGAUUGAGGGACUCGUUUAUGAAGAAGGAAAAAAAAAAACAUCUCAGCGUUGUUAGACGUACUGGAAUUUGUUUUUCUUCCCCGCCUUCCAUCGUUUCUCAAAGUGUCUUCUUGUGAGCAUCUGACUGGAAACCAUCAAAUAUUGACUGCCCCAAAGCAAAGGGAUUGCCUUCUCCACGACCACUGAAUCAAAGAGCUUGGUACUAGUUAACCCUCGUGUGUGAUAAUAGAAAGUGAGCAGCUUUCCCUAUGUGUGUGACGAUGGGCGACAUCAGCGACUUGGACCGACAGAUUGAACAGCUCAGACGCUGUGAACUUAUUAAGGAAAAUGAAGUGAAAGCACUUUGUGCUAAAGCCAGAGAGAUUCUGGUUGAGGAAAGCAAUGUCCAGAGAGUUGACUCUCCUGUAACAGUCUGUGGAGAUAUACAUGGUCAGUUCUAUGACUUGAAGGAGCUUUUUCGAGUUGGUGGUGAUGUCCCGGAGACGAAUUAUCUCUUCAUGGGAGACUUUGUUGACAGGGGCUUCUACAGUGUGGAAACAUUUCUUCUCCUACUAGCUCUCAAGGUGCGUUACCCAGACAGGAUAACUCUGAUUCGGGGAAAUCAUGAGUCUCGACAAAUCACCCAGGUCUACGGAUUUUAUGAUGAGUGCCUCAGAAAAUACGGCUCUGUCACAGUCUGGAGAUACUGCACUGAGAUUUUUGACUACUUAUCCCUUUCUGCUAUCAUUGAUGGCAAGAUAUUUUGUGUGCAUGGUGGCUUAUCACCUUCCAUCCAGACACUAGAUCAGAUCCGGACCAUUGACAGAAAACAGGAAGUGCCGCAUGAUGGGCCCAUGUGUGACCUGCUUUGGUCAGAUCCAGAAGACACUACAGGAUGGGGUGUCAGUCCCAGAGGCGCUGGUUACCUGUUCGGUAGUGAUGUGGUGGCCCAGUUCAAUGCUGCCAAUGACAUUCACAUGAUUUGCCGAGCACAUCAGCUGGUUAUGGAAGGCUAUAAGUGGCAUUUUAACGAAACAGUGCUCACUGUGUGGUCAGCACCAAACUACUGCUACAGAUAAACCCUCCUUGAAGUGGGACCUUGCGGCAACUGUUAGCACAACACUUUGAAUUUGAAAUACUAUGUCCACAAAACAACCCGAAAAACAGUGAUUUGAAAGUUUAUGCAAAUGUGGAGUUUUUGAUGGACAACACAAGGUGAUAUCACCAGAGAGCAAAAUAACUUCCAUCUCUUCAGUAAUUUAAGUGGAAUGUGGACAAAUGAACAAAAUGGACGAUUAAGGUUAAAGUUUCAGAAAAAUUGUUCACACUACAGUCAGUAUUGACUUAUGUGGCUCUCCACCGUCAGUAAACGUAUGCGGCCGAACAGGGCAGCCACAAGUCACCAGUGGGGCUGUUCUAAAAUAGCUUGCUUGUGAUGGGAUGUCGUGAGUUUGUAGGAAUUUUGUAAAACUGAUCAUAUGAAAAGCAGCACGAGCCGAUGAGCUCUGAUUAGAACAGAGUCAAAUUCCAUUUAUUGUCGUUAUACAACAAGGUAGGAGAGCUUCUCCUAUUUCAGUGGAAAUCCAGUUGUAAAUAACUUGUGGCAUGUCCCCAAAUAGACUCAUGGGUGCAUCAUCCCAAAAGUUGUGAUAUUUGAGUUUUCGUCAUGAAUAAAACUGCAAAAAAUGCAAUAUGGGGUGCUGUGUGUACAUUCAUAAGGAAAAAAAGAACUUAAAUGAUUUUAUCAAAUGGCUGCAAUAUAAGAGUGAAAAGUUUCCGGGGAUCUGAAAUCUUUCUGUACCUACUGGAAGACCGUGGCACUGAAAGGCAAAUGCUUUUUUCUUCUUGCGCAUUGAUUGAUUGUGCUUGUGACUCAAUGACUCUCCAACUUGUUCCCUCCAUUGUGCUUGUGGCUGCUUCAGUCAACAACCCGUUUUCUCCCUGCAGCUUAUGCUUUCGUCUCAACCUAUUUUUCUGGGAGUUAUCUUGAAUGCAAUCACCAUGGUUGCUUGGCCUUCCCCCAAGAGGGUUGAUGACAUCUUGAAGAUGCUGGCUGCUUUUCAGAGUUGCAGGACGCUGCCAUUACCAAGGUAUCGCGAGCAUCUGGGCUGGUUACUUGUGGCAUCUAGUGGGGUUUCAUUGUGAUUACUUUUUUAGCAUCCCAUGCAGAGGUGCUUGCCUGGUGGUUCCUUCCUGGCCAGCAAUGAUUUGUUUUCAUCCUAUGUACUUCUUCUUCUUCUUCUUUUCCUUUCGGCUUGUCCCAUUAGGGGUCGCCACAGCGUGUCAUCUUUUGCCAUCUUAGCCUAUCUCCUGCAUCUUCCUCUCUAACCCCAACUGCCCUCAUGUCUUCCCUCACCACAUCCAUAAACCUUCUCUUUGGUCUUCCUCUCGCUCUUUUGCCUGGGAGCUCCAUCCUCAGCAUCC